CAACUUUCUCGACUCUGACAAUCAAACCACAGUAUUCACACAUCACACAAGAUGCCGCCACCACCACCUCCAAAGAAGCCGACGGAGCCGCAAGGCAAGAACGAGCGCAACGAAUACAUCCCAUCCUUCAUUUCCAAAAAGCCCUUCUACAUCGACGACGCAACCGCCUCACAAGAAGAUUACCUCGAGCAUCAACGUCUCCAAGCCCAAAAGGAUGAAUCUCUCGCGACUCAAAAAUGGUACACCCGUGGUCAACGUUCAGGCGCCGUAGCAGCGACCAAAUUCCGCAAAGGUGCUUGUGAGAACUGCGGCGCAAUGGGCCAUCAAAAGAAGGAUUGUCUAUACCGUCAACGCAAGAUAGGAGCAAAGUUCACGGGCAAGGACAUCAAGGCGGAUGAGAGUGGUCAGGAUAUCAAUAUGGGCUGGGAGGCCAAGAGAGACCGAUGGAGUGGCUACGAUGCGCGCGCAUACCAAGAAGUCGUCAACGAAUACAACGACCUCCAAGCUAUCAAGGACUCGAAGCGGAAACUCGAAGACACAGCAGAGGGCGAUGAAGAUGAAGACGCAGCCAACAAAGCAGAAGACGGCGACAAGUACGAGGAAGAAACAGACAUGGGUCGCAAACAACCAAAUUCAUCACGCAACCUACGAUUACGUGAGGACACAGCUGGCUACCUCAAAAAUCUGGAUCUGGAAUCUGCAAAAUAUGAUCCCAAAACUCGCACCUUGAUCGACGACGCAGAAGGUGAAUUUGAACGCGCUUCAGGUGAUGCUGCCGAGUUCGCACGAGCACAACGAUACGCUUGGGAAACCGCAGAGACAAAUGGAAGCAACAACGUCCAUCUCCAAGCCAACCCAACAGCAGGCGAACACUACCGCAAAAAGGAAGCAGAAGAAACCGCCGCAAAGAAAGAAGCACACCGAAAAGCCCUACUGGAAAAAUACGGAGGACAAGAACAUCUAAAACCCGACCCGCUCAAACACGCCACCAUCACCGAAAACGAACGAUAUGUGGAAUACGACGAAAGAGGCAGGAUAAAGGGAGCGCCGGAGAAGAAGGAAAAGAGCAUGUAUGCCGAAGAUGUGAUGCUGAACAACCACACAUCAGUAUUCGGCUCAUGGUGGAAAAACUUCACAUGGGGCUACGCAUGCUGUCACUCCACCAUGAAAAACAGCUACUGUGUCGGCGAUGCCGGUAAAGUCGCUUCCUCAAACGCUGAAAAACUAUCAACCGGUGCAUUACUAGAAGCAGCCCCCGAAACUCUAGAAAGCAACGCCACAGAAGUGCCAAAAAGCAUUGCCUGGAAAGUGGAAGAAAGAAACGAAGAACAUGUACCCAAUGCCCCCGACCGAGCAGAAAAAGCCAAAUUGGAUGAAAGCACAGGAGAAGACAGAAAGAGAAAAUUAGAUGAGAUGAGAAGUGGAGUUACAGAGGAGGAAAUGGAUGAAUAUAGGAGAAAGAGGAAUGCUGGAAAUGAUCCCAUGGCUGCGUUGUUGGGCAAGGAUGAAUUGCUCAACUGAGGAGAUUUUCAAUCGGGGAGCGAGCAAUUGCAGUAAAUGUUAAUACUACUGAGCAUCUGGUUAUGCAUCAGUCAAGCAUAUUCUUCCAUCUACAUCAUUCUCACAGUUCGACCUUCGAGGCCACGAGCACUUCUUUGUGAACGAGACGGAGGUCAGGAGAAGACACUGAACUAUACACCACAUGAUAUGACCCACGAGAAGCAAGUCCACAAGAAUUGGUCACUUAAACCACGAAAUCCUCACCACAGCCACAUUUUUUCGGACUUGAAACCGCUGUGAGCAGAUCAUACUUGUUCAAAUAUUCACACAGCCUAGCAGAAGUAAUCUAGCGAACAG